AUGUCAAAGUUUUCGCUUCGUGGGCGAACGGCACUUGUUACGGGCGGCGCUCGGGGCUGUGGGUUGGCAUUUGCCAGGGGACUCGCCGAAGCCGGUGCAAAUGUAGCAGUUUUCGAUGUUGUGUCGCCAGAUGACGCAUUUUAUGCCAUUGAGAAAGAUUGCGGCGUUCGAACGGCAUUCUACGAGGUCGACAUUUCUUCCCAAGAGUCGCUUGAAGGGGGCUUCACAAAGUUCCAACAAGACUUUGACAAUGCACUCGAUAUAUGUGUCCCUUGUGCUGGAAUCAAUCGCCAUCUCCCAUUCCUCGAAUUCACAUACAAGGAUCAUCAAGAUUUGCUGUCCAUCAAUGUGAUGGGUCUUUACUUCACCGCACAGCUUGCAGCCAAGCAGAUGAUUGCGAACAAGACAACUCAUGGAAGUAUCAUUCUCGUCGCAAGUAUGGCAAGUCAUAUCGCUGUGCGCAGUCAGUUGUGUUCGGCAUACUGUGGGACAAAAGGCGCGGUCAGGGCGAUGUGUCCAGCGAUCGCCAAAGAGUUGGCCGAAUAUUUCCCUCACCUCUUGGAAGGCUGGAAGACCGAAGCCAUGAACGGCCGCAUCGCAGAUCCCGAGGAUAUAAUGGGGGCCUGUGUAUUCCUUGCAAGCGACGCGAGCUCGUACAUGACAGGCUCAGACAUCGUGGUGGACGGUGGGGUGACACGGUGGUGA